GUUCCCGCACCACGUGGCCACAGGAAACCGGCGGCGCUGACAGCGGCGAGGGCGCGUGCUCUGCUGAGAUCUUUCACGGCACGUAAAGUUACGCUUAAAUUUUGUUUUUUAACAGGGCGAAAAAAUGUCUGUUUUUCCUACUGAUAUUUUCCGAGCACCUGAAAUAACAGUUUCGACUUUGAGAAACACUGAGUUGUAAUCUGGCAUCUCGUUAGCAUAGUUUUAACUUCCUGGAGAAGUUGAAUUUGGCAAUGAUGUGAUCAGUCAUGUCACUGUUGACUGUGUGUGCGCGCGCGUGUGGCGUUUUUGUUUAGAUUUCUGUGACAGUUUACGUAUGUAAAUGCAUUAGCUGCCACGGUUUGUGCCAGAAGAGGAUUGCUUUGGAAAAGCUUCGGAAAUAAUAACUUUGUUCGCUGGUGAAUGAGAGAAGAUCAUGUGUCUGUGUGAAGCGGAGUCCGAGUAACUCCGCUGAUUAAUGAUUUCAUACAUUCCGGCGCGCCGCUCGAGCCCCUUCUUCGUGCUCCGGAGGACAUCGCCCGCUCCGCUCGUCCCGCAGCAGUAGAGUUAUUAUUAUGCCCGCCGAGAACGGCGCUGUGGCGGACGGCGAAAUGAAGGAGGACGAUGAGGAGCAGCGCGACCGUGAGGCCGAAGCCGGCGGCGGGGGACCGGCGGCGGCGGCGGCGGCGGCAGCGGGGACGAGCCGCGCGGAAGCGGCCACCCGCCUCUAUCGGCGCCGAUGGCUCAUCGUGCUACUCUUCAGCUCUUACUCCCUGUGCAACUCCUUCCAAUGGAUUCAGUACGGCAUAAUUAACAACAUCUUCAUGAAGUUCUACGGAGUGGACUCUUUCGCCAUUGACUGGAUGUCCAUGAUCUACAUGUUGACUUACAUCCCCUGCAUAUUUCCAGUCACGUGGCUGCUGGACAAGCAGGGGCUGCGGGUGGUCGCGCUGCUGGCGGCCGCGCUCAACUGCACCGGUACGUGGAUCAAGGUGUCCAGCGUGAGACCCGACCUCUUCUGGGUCACGGCGCUCGGCCAGUUCACCUGCUCGCUCGCUCAGGUGUUCAUUCUGGGAAUGCCGUCCCGCAUCGCCUCCGUGUGGUUCGGCUCGCACGAGGUCUCCACCGCCUGCUCCAUCGGGGUCUUUGGAAACCAGCUUGGCAUUGCCAUCGGCUUCCUGGUGCCCCCCAUGCUUGUGCCCAACAUAGACGACAUGGACCAGCUUGCUUACCAUAUCAGCAUCAUGUUCUACAUGACUGCUGGCGUGGCUACUUUCCUCUUCAUCCUGGUGGUGACUGUUUUUGAGGAGCAGCCCGCCACCCCCCCUACGCAAGCGCAGGCAGCGGCUCGCUCUCUGUGCCCCGAGCAGUACUCCUAUACGGCUUCGAUCCUGCGCCUGCUGCACAACAGGCCCUUUGUCCUCCUCAUCGUCACCUACGGACUGAACGUGGGUUGUUUCUACGCCGUUGGCACAAUGCUGAACAGAAUGAUCAUUGAACAUUACCCUGGACAGGAGCUGAACGCCGGUAGGAUCGGCCUGACCAUCGUCAUCGCCGGGAUGUUCGGCUCUCUCCUCUCCGGCAUCUGGCUGGACAGAACAAAGACCUACAAACAGACUACUCUGGCUGUGUACCUCAUGUCCUUUGUGGGGAUGCUGGUGUUCACCUUCACCCUGGACCUGGGUCACCUCUGGGUGGUGUUCCUCACCGCGGCCAUACUAGGCUUCUUCAUGACCGGCUACCUGCCACUGGGCUUUGAGUUCGCCGUGGAGAUGACGUACCCCGAGUCGGAGGGCACCUCCUCAGGACUGCUCAACUGCUCAGCUCAGGUGUUUGGAAUCCUAUUCACCAUCAGCCAAGGGAAGAUCAUCGACUCCUUCGGCACACGGGCUGGAAACAUGUUCCUAUGUGUCUUCCUUCUUAUAGGCACCAUCAUCACAGGUUUCAUCAAAUCUGACCUUCGUAGGCAGCAGGCAAACCAGCAAGUCAACUCAGCUGAGCUGACAAAUCAUGUGGAGGGUGAAGCCUCCCUGCUCACAGUCCUCAAUAAGACUGACAUGUAGCACCCGCGAGACUACUGUCAGCAGCUGCCAAAAGACACGCGUCUGAAACAGGCACACCUUUCCUUGCCAGAAACACACACAGAAAUGUGUUUCCUUGGAGAGCGAUAUCGCCUGCACACCAGCAGAGAAUGUCACCCUGUGACAAGCUCUUGCAUAUGAUCAUCCAUCCAUCCAUCCAUC